UAUUUAUAUAUAUAUAUAUAUUAUAUUAUUUGUAGUUUAGAUUUAUUAGUUAUACAUAUAUAGAAAAAAGGAUAGAAUAAAUUAGUCAAUAUGUCAGAAAAGCCUCAUACCAUUGAAGAAGCGAAAUAUGAAACUCAAGCUCAUUAUGAAGAUUAUUCACCAUCGCAAUAUGAAAAAUCCCUUAGUGAAGAACAGAUUGAACAUGUCCCUGAAGGUACUGCUUCACCUGGAAAAGCUUUAUUUAUGUUAUUAAAAGCUUUCAUUGGUACUGGUGUUAUUUUCCUUCCUGGGUCUUUUGCCAAAGGUGGUCUUGUAUUAUCUAUUAUAUUGAUGGUAAUAAUUGCAAGUAUUUGUCUUUUUUCUUUUCAACGUCUGGUCAAAGCACAACGUCAAACUGGUGGAUCUUAUGGUCAUGUUGCUGAAACUUUAUUGAAUCGAUGGGUUCGAUAUACCAUUCAAUUUUUUUUAUGUUUAUCACAAAUGGGUUUUGUCGCUUCUUAUAUGAUUUUCAUCUCUGAAAAUGUUGGAUUGGUCAUUGGUACCUUGUCUGAUUGUCAUGCUCCUUUUCCAUCAAAAUACUUUAUUUGGAUCUUUAUGAUUAUUAUUAUUCCUCUUUGUUGGGUACGAAAAAUUGGUCGACUUGGUUAUUGUGCUCUCCUUGCUGAUAUCUUUAUUCUUUUUGGUCUGAUUUGUGUCCUUUACUUUUCUUCAAAUCAAAUCCAUCAACAUGGUGCUGGUCCAAAUAUCACUAUGGUCAACAGCGAUUCUUUUGCCUUGAUGAUUGGUACUGCUGUCUUUUCCUUUGAAGGUAUCGGUAUGGUUGUACCUAUGAUUGAAGGUAUGAAAGAUCCCAGCAAAUUUCCUCGUGUUCUUACUAUUGGUAUGAUCAUUUGUACAUUGGUCUUUACUUUGAUUGGUACUAUUGGUUAUGUCGCUUUUGGUGAUACCAUUCAAGCAAGUAUUGUGGCCAAUUUACCUCGUGAACCUCUCUCUAUUACUGUCCAACUCUUAUAUGCCAUUGCCAUGAUUCUCACAUCUCCUUUCAUGUUAUACCCUGCACUCACUAUCAUCGAACAAAGUGUCUUCAGUCCUCGUCAUCGUGGAAAAGUCAGUUUGAAAUGGAAAUGGCUCAAGAAUCUCUGUAGAUCCAUGGUUGCUUUGGUUUGUGCUGCCGUCAGUUUUGGUGUAGGUGCUGAUGGAUUGGACAAGUUUGUUGCCUUGGUAGGUUCUAUCGGUGCUGUUCCUCUUUGUUUCAUCUUCCCAGCUUUAUUCCAUUUCAAGAUCACCACCUCCAAAGUUCAACGAUCAUUGGAUAUUAUCCUUGGAUUAUUUGGUGUUGCUAUUAUGAUCUAUACAACUUAUGUGAAUGUCAAUUCCUGGGUGAAUCCUCUUCCUUCUGUCGGUACCACUCCUGUGACUCCUUCUCAAACGUGUGGUUUGUAAACCGGUUAUUCUUAUUGUCUGUUUUACUAUUAUUUUUAUAUUGGAACUAUUACGUUGAUCGGUAGUCCUUGUUUAGUUUUAUAGUUUACCUUGCCCUUUUGUAUAUACGUACUAUUAUAUUCCUUGUUUAAAUUUGUUAUUUCUAUUUCAAUAAAUCCUCUAUCACGCUGAUGGACCCUUUUUUUUCAAAUAUA